ACUGUUUUUUUCCAGGAAGCUGCCACACCAACAGAACGAUCUAUUUGUUUACUUAACAUUUUACACAACAAAAACAAUAACAAUAUGAAACGUCUGUACACGUGCGAAUGAUGAGCGAGGACAGUAGUGGAGAAAUGGAGGGUGAAACGAUGUCUUACGUUAUUGAAGAGGAAGACAUUUCGAAACUCCUAAAUCAUUUUGUCAAGACCAGCCAUAGAGUUAAAACAGCUGAUAUCAAGGUUUUAAUCUAAUACUAAUUUAAUUUAAUAUUUAUUUCUACUCAUUUUAACAAUUAACUCGCAACUUGAGAAUAACUUGGGAUGAAACUUAAAUAUUAACUAUUUAUUUAUAUUAUAAAUAUUUAAUUUAAACAUUAAUGUUUUUGCAAUAUAAAUAUGAUUUUGAAUAAAAUAAAAUGAUGAAUAAAUUUUGUAUGUGGGGUUUUGACAAGAGUUGUCACACCCAAAUGCCCGCUAACCUACCCAAAUGAAAACCCUGUCCAAUGGAUUCUCAGUUUUCAGCUUUAAAAAAAAUGAUAAGUUAAGGCAAUAUUUAUCUAACAUAAACAUAUUAAUAUUGUUUUUAAAUGAAUUUUUCAGGGAGAAACAAUAAUGGAAAGAUGCAUCCUGUUAUUUUCUAAAGACUACAAAUUCACGGUUAGUCUAACUUAAAACUAAAAUGUACUUAGGCCUAUAUUAAAAAUCAUUUACAGUGGCUAAAACACUCAGACUGACUCAGGUUGAGAGUGUAUAAUUAAUUCAAAUACUACAAAAACCUUGUUGCUUUCACUUUUGAUAUUUCUUAGUUGUCCUCAUAAUUCAUAUAAUAUGAAUAUUGACCUGAUUAAAAUUUGCUCUUGAAAUCUUUCAGUUUUGUUAUGAACUAAAGUUAAAUUUGGUAAAUCCUUCAGAAAUCAUUCAUUUAACAAGAAAAAUUAUAUUUUUUAACUAUUCUAUUAAUAAAAUAAUUUUAAUAUGUUUAUAUUUAGAUAGUGCCUAAUCUCAAUGGUGAGCUGUGUGGACACUACCCAAUGAAACUAGUGAUAAUAGAAUUUGAAAGGGACUCUCAGUCUAAUGCUGAAAAGUGAGUAUAUUUAAACAAUUAAGUAUAUUUCAUGAAAAGAUUUUAAAUAUGCAGAGUUAUUAAUACUUACAACCAUCUUAUCAUGUAUUGGGGUCCUAUAUAGCAGCAUUUCCCAAAUGCUAGGUCAUUACUCAGUAUUGCGCCCCGAAAGCAAAAAUACAAAGUGGGAAAAAAAAAAUUCUGGAAAAUUUAGCAAGUUUUUUUUUUUUGGUGGUUUUUAUUAUUUUUUUUACUAAAAUUGCAGUAACUAGCAUUUGAUCAAGACUUUUGAGGCACAUGAUAACGUAUUAAAUUGGAUUUAAGAAUAUAUCAUCUUUUUCUUUGGAUCUGAAGUUUAUAUUUUUUUUAAAAAUCAACGGCAUCACUCAUCAUUAAUAAAUUAUUGAACAGGUUUCUGUUUGAUUUCUUCAAAUUUUUUAGUAAAUGACUUUUAUUAAAAUAUAUAAAAACUGCAUUGACUUUCAAAUCUGUUUCAUGUUACCUAUAGGUCAAAAAAGCGUUUAAAGUUUUAGUGGGUCACAAAGGCGAUGUGUAUAAAAAAAAACAUACAAUUAAAAAAAAUGCUAUUCUUACUUUAAAUUUGCUAAGCCAUAAGACUGAAGAUACCAAUCUCAAGUAUAAUGCCAAAAAACUUACCAUAAAUAUCUGUUUCAGUGUUGAAAGCAAAUAUAGUUCACAACAAAUCAUACAGAAAAUGAAAAAUGCAAGGUGUGCACGGUGUCGGUCCCGGUUUGUUGUACCAGUAAUUUUUUUUCAAGGGAAAGUAAGAAAUUUCUUUAACCAUACCUGACAUUUUAAAUGAUCUGUAUUUUACAUGGUGCUAAAUUUAAUGAAAAAAAAAAAUUAAGAUAUAAAAUAUGGUUUAUGAUUACUAAAUUUAAAUCUGCUAUUGAUUUACUGAGCUGUUAUUGUUAAUUGUUUUAUUACUGAUUUUCAGCAUAUAUGCCGGUCAGCAACUUUGUCCGGAGCUGCAGAGAUGUUUGGAAGGUCCACCACAGAUUACCUUCUUUCGAGUAAGAUUUUUUUUGCUUUUUAUUAUGUAAACGUUUCUGUUUUUCUAAUUGACAUGGUUUAUAUUUUGAAAAAAAAAACGGCAAAUAUAAUUAAGAUUUUAAAAUGUCUUUUACCAUUCUAAUAAAUUUCGAGUAGGCCUAAUUAUUCCUUUAUGUCAUGACAGGUCAAAACUCUACUGGCGAGGAUGCUGGGUAGGUUUUGCUUUUUUAUUAUUAUAUUCUUUAAUUUCGUUUUCAAAUACAAUUAAUUCUACUCAUUUUUCCUUUAAGUGAGGAAAAUAAUAAUUAUAAAGGUAAUUAAGAGCAAAUUCUCUUGUUAAGGACUCACUGAUUUUGAAUCCUCUGACUCUGAGUAAAAAUAUUGGUACUUUUUUUUUUAUUUUUUAGGAGCUCACAUUGUUAUUUUUGUCUAAUAAAAUGUUAUUCUUCCAUUGGUCUUCUUAGCAUAAGACUGUUGUAGUAAAUGCUGCCCAAGGAAUGUAUAAAAAUUGAUUAGUCAGGUUCACUAUUCCAGCUUUCUUUUACUUGAGGCUUAAACCAAAACUCUAUCUGGUUAAAGCAUAAUGUUGAGCAGAGCUGGGUAGAUAGAUGAAGCUGUUAAGAAUCUAUGUUCAUUUUCCUGUGCAUUCAAGAUAUCGCGCCCUUCACUUUUUCAGGAGAUCUGAUAUGUUUGAUAAGUUUCGGGGUCACGACAUACAGCUGCUGAAGUUCUUUGAUGUUGGUUACAUCUGUGAUCUCAUGGUCGAGAAGAAGAAAACAAAAUUCGGAAUGCCGUAAGUCUUUGUCAUUCUGAAUGGAUGAAGGCACGAAAUGAUGUAAAACAUAAAUGAAGCUUAGUAUUAACUAAAUGUCCUUAACAUGUUUAAUUUUUCUGACAGUGUUUCUUCCUCUGAAAAAGUAGACAAGGAAAAUAGAUAUUCCGACUUCUCCAUCCUUGGGAUGCCAUAUCCUGGUAAUUUUGUCACUCAUAUUUUAUUUUACUAGAAUUUAAGGACAAAGUAGAUAAUUGAUGCUAGGAAUAUAGUUAUGUAAAUUUAAAUAAGCAAUAAUCCUCUUGAAUCUUUUAAAUGUAGCUUAUAAGUGAUGCUGCUACAUAUUUUUGGCAUUGCAUAUUUAUAGUUUCUGUAUAUUUUAUUUUCAGGGUGUGAAUUUUUUAAAGAUUGGAAAGAUAACUCUUACAUAGGAGAGACAAUAAUGUAUGACUGGGGUCAGGUAUAAUUUCAAAAGGCUAUAUAGUAAAAAUAUAGUAAAUUUAUGCAUUGCAUAUGUUAGUAGUAUCAUAGUUUUAAUCUCUAUAAUAUUGUAGAAUAUAUUCAUUCCCCUUCUAAUUUAAGAAUAUCUCUAACCUUCUGCAUGUAUUAGUUUCAUGUUUAUCUGUCCUUUAUUUUUACUUCAGGCUUUAAAUGACUCAUCCCUAGACCUGCCAUCUUCCCCUUUUGUUGAUGACCUUGGUAUUGCAUGGUCCAAAUACACAGUGAGUGAUUACAAACAUGUGCUGGUUCCUUUAUCGCCAGUUUACACACUGUUAGUUUCAUUAGUCAGUACACGCAAUUGACCAACUUAGCUCUUUCGCUUCUGAAUUUUUUUAUCGAAAAAAAUGUACAUUUUUUUUUCGAAUAGCAAAAAAGAGAGAGGGGUGUGGUUUAUUAAAUAAUAUUUACAAUUUUUUUUUUUUUGAUUUUAUAAGACUAAAUUUGGUAUCAAAUGAAAGAUAAUUGAAAGGACUAUAUUUUUGUAAACUUAUUUAUUCACUUUAAAUAAAAUAAGUAACAGAAAAGAUCCAUAAAAUGUGAAAACAUUAUAUGCUAAUCCAUUUUCCCCCAAACCCUAUGAAGUAGGCAUACAUCAUCUUCACUUUUAUAACUCAAAUCCUCUAAAACUACUUCUGUUGGAAUCAUGUGAUGGAUAUAAAUAUAAAUCAUCUUCCCUAUCAAAAGAAAUAGUAUAAAACAUUUCCAAAGCUUUUUGAGCUGUUAAUCGUCUAGGAAACUUACUCACCUUCUAGGGCCUAGAGUAGCCAUAGCAGCAGCAGAAAAAAUAGCGUAAAAAAAUCAUUAAAAUAAUUCUUCAAAUGACAACGAACACACCUUGGUUUUGCUUAUAAAAAAUGAAGUACCACUCUUCUAUUUAAAAGUCUUAUUUAAAAAUAGCUCUUAAAAAGUUUAACCGAGAAAUAACAAAGAAACAAACAUGAUUUUGAAACACCUCAGAGUGUGUUGGUCCAUGCUUUUGAGAACGGCGGAUGAACGCACACUGCGUGGCUCUGCAGCAAAAGAGUUAGCAGAAGCUGACACAAAAACAAAAAAACAAACUGUGCAUGUAUGAUCUCUUUCUAAGAUUUAAAAAAAUUUACAUUGACCCAAAAAUUGAAAGACGUUAUGGUGUACAAAAUGACAAAAUUACUGGCAAAAACAUAUUUAAUGAUAGUACACCUAUAAAAGAUAUGCAAUGAUCAGGCGGCAGAGAUGUGGAGCAGCCAAUUGUUUUAACAACUAAAUAAGUAAAAGGUAUUUAAAAAAUUUUUAAACUGAAAAAAAAAAAAAAAGAGUAGAAAAAAAAAGUAAUUCGAUUUUUAAAUAAUUAGAGGGCAUUUUAUUUGAAAAAAUUACUGGCAAAAACAUAUUUAAUGAUAGUACACCUAUAAAAGAUAUGCAAUGAUCAGGCGGCAGAGAUGUGGAGCAGCCAAUUGUUUUAACAACUAAAUAAGAAAAAGGUAUUUAAAAAAUUUUUAAACUGAAAAAAAAAAAAAAAGAGUAGAAAAAAAAAGUAAUUCGAUUUUUAAAUAAUUAGAGGGCAUUUUAUUUGAUUGUGUAAGUUAAUUUUUUUAGAAUUUCUUACAUUGUGUUAAUUUGCUAAAAACUGUUGACAGGAAUGGAGUCUAGUUGAACUGACCCAAAAUUAUUUGAAACUUCUUCUACAGUAUGUUAAAAAAGGUGAGAUAGACUUAGGAAUGUGUUAAAAUUAAAAAAAAAAAAUUAAUGUAUGAAAUGUUAUGAUGUUAUGCCUCAAACUUCUCACCAUUGUUUUCAUCUGGUUUCCAAGAUUCAGCUGGUUCAUUCUGGAUUCUAUGUAGGAAUCGCCCACUUUUUAAAAGAAUUCAGUGAUGUGGAAAUAUUGUAUUAAAACAAACGUUUGAUUAGGGAUUGAACAUUAUUUUAAUAAAUGAUUGACAGGGACUGCUGGGCUGCUGGUGCAUUGUAUAUCAGGCUGGGACAGAACACCCCUGUUCAUAUCUCUACUCAGACUGUCACUUUGGGCUGAUGGCGUCAUACACAAAUCCCUGACGCCCACAGAAAUGUUGUACUUAACCCUUGGCUACGACUGGUACCUCUUUGGGUAAGUUGUUCCUUUUAUAUAGAGUGGGCUUUGUGGCUAACGGUGUCUUACUUAUAGCAUGUCAGUUUCACAGUUUAAUAUGUGCAUGAAACCGCAUUAAAAAAUUCUUGGAAAUGUAAAAUAUGUCUUAAAACUUCUACCCCACAGACAUGAUCUGCCUGACAGACUGAGCAAUGAGCAAGAAGUGAGAAAUUGUUUUUUCAUAUAAUAGGCUAUUAGCAUCAUGUUUAAAUGAAAUCCCCAUUUUUAAUGCCAUUAUUUAUGUAAUAUUGCUUCGACCAAUGUACAAAAUAUAUAAUUUAGUGAGAAUGUAUUUCUCUUGUGGUCAAGCAAAAAAAUUUCAGGUAGUUUGAUUAAGAAUCAUUUUUGGAGUCAUUAAAAGCCAUGUGAAUAAAACCCACUCGAAUUUUUAUCACACUCACUCCCUUUUUGUCCCAGGUUUUAUAUUUCUGCUUCAAAGUGUUGAAAGAUAUUGCUUCUGAGGAGUUCUCUGUGUUACCACGGUAAGUCAUGGAAGAACACUAAAAAAAACCAUUCCUGUACACUCUCUAGUUUGUCACUAGUUCUGUUGUUACCAGUUAAGCCCAGUGGCUGCACAUCUAUCUUUAUGACCAGGAUUGCUGGGUUGGAAGAACAUGCCAGUCCACCCUUGUGAACUAUUAUUGUAGAGGAGAAAGACCUUUUUGUAAGAAACUUCAACCUCCUGAGGUGGAAGACUCCAGCAAAUCUGGCUGACAAAACAAAGAAAGUUAUCAUUUUUUUCACGAACAAUACCACCAUCACAGCAACUUGCUUUGAAUUUUUAGUCUGAUCUCGCCACAAAAUUGGUUUUGCUGGCAGACUAAGUUAAUGAAAUGUAAUGUAUAUUUCCUCAUGUAGGGUUUCCGUGAUUCAGCAAGCAAGAACAUCUUCCCCACAAGAUGCCUUUUUGAUACAUAAGAGAUCCCAACAUGAAAGAGUGGAUUCUGACUGUAGCUUUCCAGGCGUCUUGUUAGGUACAAUCAUUUAUUUAAGAUAAUGGUUAUAAAAAUACCAUUUUCCACAAGCCCAAUAUUUUGGUCCCAAAAUAUAUAUAUUUAUAAAUGAAUGGUUAUUUAAAAUUAACAAAACAGCCGGAGGUUAAAAAUAGAUAAUGAAUGUUUAAAUAAAAUUAAUGAACACUAAAAAAGAAAAGUAGUUUGAGUGUUGGAAUUAUUUUGCCAAUUGAUGGAUUUAAAAAAAAAAAGAUUUAUGGCAUUGGAAUUAUCGUUUUCUUCCUUUAAGGUUGUAUUAUUUCUUUAUGUGACUUCAUACUUUUAACUUACGAUUUUAUAUUUAAAAAAAUGCAUAUAUGGACUUGAAUCUUAUCUGUGUUGUGACAUGCUUUCCCCAGAGGAUGUGGCCAUGUGCCCCAGCAAAGGCAGCACCACAAGCCUAAACAGCGUCAGCAGCACAGACACAUCUGACCAGAUCAAUUUUACGCUGGGGAUCAAGGAGGAAGGGGAUGAUUUUGAGUCUAGUCAGGGAGAGGAUGACUUCCAGUGGAACAGGACGUCAACACUUACAAAGUGAAACAUUCAUUUAAAAAAAAAAAUGUUUGUGUGUGUGGGGGGGGGAGGGGGGUUUCUAUCUACAGCUGUUGGAUGACAUGAUCUACAUAAUAUUUGUUUUGAAAUGCAUUUAAAAGUUAUAAACAUAUAUUCAAGAAAAUUUUAAAAAGAAUGUUUCAAACAGGCUUUAUAAAAGAAAAUAAUAAUUUUAGAUCUAAUGCAUCAAUCGUUCAAUGUCAUAAAUCUGAAUUGAUAUUUGUAUGAACACCUGGUUUGAACUAAAACAAGAGAAAGUGUGAAUAGUCAGUAGUAAAAAUUGUCUGUUACUGACUUGUAUUGUGCUAGGAUUUUAUUAUAUUUAUCCAAGCAGCAUUCUAUUUACACAUUUCCACAUUUUUUUUAAAGUUAAAGAUUUUGUUACAUUCUGAGCUCAGAAAAAUGUUGUCAACCAUCAAUCCAAUUCAACAAAACAAUGACAAUGUUUAUUUUCCAUUCUCAGCUAUUUUUAGUUUGUUUCAUGAAAAAAAAUACUCAAUGAAAGUUAAUCAUUGAAAAAGUCAGAUUUAAACAACAAAAAAAAGCAACAAAAAAAUAAAUAAAUAAAUUUUGCCAAGGAAAACUGUGGUACUGCUAAUUUUUUAAAGUAUACUUACAAAUUUCUUCAUUUAAAUCAUAUUUAUAUCUGGCAGCUCGACACCCAGGCGUUCCAAGUCUCCAUCAAGUUCAGGGUCACCUCUUACACAACAUUCCUCCGGUAUACCCGUCAGUGCUGUGCAGAGACGUUUGUCUUCAGACAGCCAACAGCUCUCAAUCAAAUCAAACCAUUUUUUUGGAAGUCCCGCUCUCCGCUCCUCCAGCCCGGUUCAGGUGCCACAGAGGAUAGAGCACAUAAGUUCAGCUAACAGCAUUGGAAGGUAUGAAAAAUACAUUAGAAACGUUACAAAAAAAUUUUAUGAUUGGAUAUGAAAGUUAAUUCAAUGAUUAUCUUAAAUAUCAAACUUUUCAUUUUACCUGUUCAUAAGUUGUAGUUUUGGAUAAGUGUAAUACCUAUUUGAUAAAUAAAACCGCUCAAACUUAAUUCAUUAAAAUUCUUACAGAUAGAAUUUAGCUAUAACGUCUCCAUAAAAAAGUAACAAGUUUUUGACUUGCUAAUUUCCAACUAUUCUUUAGAAGCCAAAUCAAUGUAAAAAAAAAAAGUGUGAAUAAUUAUAAAAAAGAGAGGUCAUUGAAAAAAUAAAUUAGGGACCAUUCAUAAGUAAAACAUACCUCCAGAUGGAGGAGGUCAGGUAGAAUUUAAAGAUCACUCUAGUUUGUGAGUUCUGGUGAUAAGGUUUAUUUUUGUGUGCUUUAGUUGAGAUAUAGAAAAUGAGUAUCCCUUUUAUUUUGAUAUUUGUUAACUGUUGGAGCCAAUGUGUUCUAGGAUUGAUUAUAAAUUUGUUGACAUGUAGGCUUUGAUUUUCAUAGGAAAAUCCACAUUUUUUUGUUACCAUAUUUUAAUAAAGAGAAUAGGUUUCAAUAAGUUGAAACUUGACUUAUUUUUUGGCUUUAAAAAAAAUGUAAUAAAAUGUAUAUCUUAAGAUUAAAAUUUCAGUUACCUUACAGGUGCUGUUAACCACCUAAUGUUAAAGUCAGAGAUUUUACUAGAAAAAACUAGUCAGCUUGUUCUUAAGAUUUCUAUCAUUUCGUUCACAUGUUAUUCAAGAAUCUGUUUUCUUUUUUUCCUCUCCCAAACUUAAAUUUUUACGUCCGUUUGAUUUGGUCUGAUCCCCUGCAGCUGGCAGAUCAUAUCCAGCAGCGACAACCUGAGAGGACUUGUCAGCGAUUCCAGCCACUCUCGCAGUAACAGCAGCACCGACAGGGCAAGUCACAUAAGCUCGUAAGUGUGCCGGGAAAUGGUCUACUGAGGGAUGAAAGGGGGAUAUAUUUAUGUUGCAUUAGUUUAUGCUGUCAUGGCAACCAUACAUUUUUUGAAUUUUUAAAAUUGGAAAAACACAAUUUACUUAGAAAUGGGCCUCUAACAUUUUGGCCAAUUUUAUUUCAAGUCACAUUUAGACUAUAAGAGUUGGUAAAGGAGAUUUUAAAAUAAAGAAAAAUUUGAACCAUGGAUUCUCAAAACACAAUUCACUUAGAAAUGGGCCUCUAACAUUUUGGCCAAUUUUAUUUCAAGCCACAUUUAGACUAUAAAGAGUUGGUAAAGGAGAUUUUAAAAUAAAGAAAAAUUUGAAGACCAACAAGGAAUUUUUUUCCAACCACAAAUAUUAUAAUGUAUGGCAUCAAAAUAAAACUACUGUCAUCAUUGACUUAAAGCAUGGGUUCUCAAACACAAUCGCGCCCCUCCCCCCCCCCCCCCCACUCCCCUUUUCCAUGGAGUUGCCCAAGGUUUUUUGGGAAGUAGCUGGUUGAAACAGUAACCCAAAAAAUUUAUUGAUUUUAAAGAAAUUUGCAUAUUUAAAUGGUGUCAUAAAUUUUGAUUAGUAUCAUAUAUCUCCUAUCUGGUGCUAUAUAUCACUAUUAGAAUGGAUUUGUACUGCUUGAGAAUAACUUAUGGUUGGCAUUAACUAAAAUAAAAACCCAACACUGAAUUUUGAAGCUUGUCAACGAGUUAAAUUAUCAGUCCUUUUUUUAAAACAUUUUUUAACACUAUUAAAAUCCCUUUUUAAAUGUAUUAGAGUCAUAACUAACCUUGCUACAUCAAAAAAAAAACUAGGUCACGACUUCAAAAAGGUUUUGAGUCCAUAUUUAGGUAGGAAGUUUUAAUUAAAUUCACUUUAAUGUUUUAAUGCAUUGCAUAUGUCUUCAAGAAAUAACUUCAAAGUCUGAUUUUUAAAAAAAAUUUUACAAAAAAAUAUUAAGCUGUCUUACUGUCUGUGUUAAAGAGAAGUUCAUAUUUGUCUUUCAACUUUUUCAUUAGAUGCCACGAAGCUUUUGAUAUCAAUGUUUCCACCAUGAGAUGGCGGCGACUGGAUGCUGUCAGCCAACUCUUUCACUCCGCCUACGCCUCAUCUGUUCAGUCACAGAUGAUCCGACAUUCCUCGGGCAAUGGGAUCAGCUCUUUCUUUGAUCGUCUCGCUGAGCAGGGGGGCCUUAAGGGGUCCCGCCCCCACGGGGCUACGGGCGGCACAAGGACAGGGGUUUAGCAUUUGUCACUGCCCCCCCCCCCCCCAAUGCAAACUCCUGAUGUAUAAAAGUGCAUUAAUGGAUGAUCAAAUAGAAUAAAAUAAUUUGAGAUGGUUUAUUUUGUUUCAUGUAACACCUUGAGGUAUUAUUUUUUUUAAUAUUUUUUUUUUGCUGGUACUUUUUACAUAGAAUAGAAUAUUUCAAUAUUACUUUUUCUUUUUAAAUUUUUUAAAGAGUUGAGUUGAUUUUAACCUUUUAAAAAAAAAAAAAUUCAAUUUUAAAAUUAUCAAAUACAGUUAAAACUUUAAAUAUCAUUUAAUUUGUUUUUAUGUAUAUAUGUAAAUGGUAGUGUGGUUUAAGACCUUAGGAAAUAUAAAUAAAUACUGAGGAAGCGGUAGAACAAUUUAACUCAUAGCAAUGAUCAUAAUUAAUCAAAUUUUAUGACCAAAGUAAAAUGAAAGAAUGCAAGGCACAGUGGGAUGCGGGAAGAAGUGAUAUCAAUGAGACAAGCAACAUGGAAAUGAAGGCAGUCUUGUCAAUGCUCUUGACUUGUGAAAGAUUCAUAGGUUCCAGGUGUAGAUUAUUUUAAAAGUCUCAUAACAGAAGGCAUCAAUUUACGAGCCUUUGAAAUGAAAGCUUUGGCCUUAAGAGUGCAGUUGGAGCUAUCAGUCCUGCUGUUAAUAUUGUACAUAGCACUUUCCCCACUAGUCUGGAGUAAAAAAAGCCUCACAGCACAAUCAUUGCCUUAUAGAAGUUAAGAGUUUAAAAAAAAAAGUGUCACUACUCUAAGAUGCUGUCAGUUUUACAUGUCAUGUCUUUUCAUGCUAUUUUAUUUGUGCAUGGAUUUUGUCCAUAACAAAUAAGUGAAAGGGUGCACACACUCACUUUUUUUUUCACAGGACUAGACCUAUGUAAGUAUGUAAUAAUGAUCUUUAUCCCACUGGACCAGACCUAUAAGUAUGUAAUAAUAAUAUUUAUCCUACAGUACUAGACCUAUAAGUAUAAGUCUGUAAUAAUGAUAGUCAAAAUAUUGUCCAUUUUAAAACGUAUUAUUUCAUGUCUGGGGGAGAUGUGACUUCACUGUUUUUCCACUGGACUAAACCUAUUAGUAUGUAAUUAUGUUAUUCAAAAUAUUGUCCAUUUUAAAACUUAUUAUAUCAUGUCUGGGGGAGACAUGUCUUGACAACUUGAUUUAAAAAAAAAAUAUUCUUCUAUUUUGAGCUGGACAAUUUUUUGGUAAGGGUGGAAAAUGAUAGAAAGUCUCAAUAGAAGUCUGUUGUAACUAGACCUCAAGGGAAAGUCUGUUGUAACUAGACCUCAAGAGAAAGUCUGUUAUUUCAUGUUGUCUUAUCAGGUUUAAGUUUCUGAAGAAGAUCAUUCUGAAGUUGUAGCGAUUUUAUUAUUCCAUAUGUGGCGUCUCAGUGAUUAAGGUAGUGAGGAAUGUUCCAUUUGUUUAAUUCUUGUAUUUUUUAAACCCCUUUUGAAUGGCAUAUUGCAUAUUUGUUGAUCUGUUUGACAGUUGAUAAUUUAUAGUUUUAUAAUACCUCAGAGUCAUUUUGAUUGGCUAGUCACAAUAAACAGAUAUAACCAAUCAGAAGGUGAGAGGUAGUCACAUUCUCAAUGGGAGAUUGAGGCAUUGUUAGCGCAACCAAGUCCUCAAUUUAAUUUUUUUCAAGCUUCUGUACCAAACACAUGUUCAUAUGUCAGAAUAUUUAUUUAUUUAGGCAUUUUUAUAUAGCGCUUACCUUAAAGCUCUAAGCGCUUUACAAUUUUUAAAAAACAUGUAAACUAAGUAAAAUAAAAAUGAAAAACCAGAGACACUAGGAUAGUAACUACUAUACUAUAGAAACAAUUAAAAUGGCUAUAAAACGAGUACACUUUGGCACGUUUUUGCCUAUACUACAGGAUCAACCCCGAGACAGAAAAUGAGGCAUGGCAAGGAGGGUGCAUCACAGGUCAUAGUUAAGUUGUUGUUUUUUUUAAUUUAGUAAAAUAGUUUUAUUUCUCAUGUAAUAGAAUUUUGUAGAAACUGAAUGAUGUAAAUUGCAAAAUAAUUAAAUACUUUAAAAAUUAUUUGAUGCUUUUCAAUAAGCUGGGUGCUCCUUUACCCUGGCCGUGUCAACUUUUAAGCGAGGACAUAGAACUCAGAUGCUAAAAACACAUUGGCCCUCCUCAAGGUUGUUUUAUCAACACAUUCUUAAUGUUCCUUAAAUUAAGUGCGCUUGGGUAUUCAAAGAAAUGGCUUAGCUUCGUGCCCUGCUAGUUCUGUUUUUGACCCCAUUAGAUGACUUUGACCUGUUUCACGUAUACAGAUGUGUAAUACUCAGACCAGCCCUUUACCUAUAUUCAGUCUGUGUGCAAUUUUAUUUUGUUUAAAUGAUGUGUUAUGCUAACUUCAGAAUGUUAUAACUUCAUAAUGUUGAACUUCAGAAUUUUAACCGCGAUUCAUUUAUUCUGAGGUCAUCUGAUGUGCUUGAAUGUUUGAUAUCUGCCCACCUGUUUUUGUUUAACGAAUAAUUUACUAUUCUGUGCAUGCGCCUAGUGAGUAACAUUUCCGUUGAUAGUCUGUAGAUGCCAGGGGGCGAUGCAAAUAUGUGCGUGUUGAUUGUCUGCGAAGCAAUCAUAACAAUGCCAUGCUCAUUUUCUUUUGUUGGGAUAGCUCACAGUACCCAGAGCAGUUCAGAUUUGUUUGAGUCUGGAGCAAUAAUAAUUGUGAGGAUAGGUGACAGUGAUAGUUUAAAUUCUUUAUCAAUGUUUAAAUCGGUAAACCACUCAAAAUGAAUGUUCUCAGCCUGUUUUAACCUAUGAUUUUAACGCUGUAACAAGGACAAUUUUAACACAUGAUUGUUUUUUUCUUUUAUUGACUUUCUGAGUUUUAAUUUGCACAAGUUCAUCAUAUGAAUUUUAAUUAACUGUAACUAUGAUUUCGUGUCUUAACGCCGAUAUGGGAGAAAUUCUUGUAAUGCCUUUAUAAUCACAGGCCGCUCUGAUGAUCUGUCCAAAAAGUGGAGUUUUCUCUUCUCUGUAAAGCAUUGACGCUAUUUCAAGGCAUUGAAUCCGUUUCAAGGCAUUGAAUCCAUUUCAAGGCAUUACAUCUGUUUCAAGCCGUUGAAUCUGUUUCGAGGCAUUGAAUCUGCUUCAGUCUGUUUCUCACCUGUUCCAUUCUGGUUUCAUUUUGAAACAUUGGUGUGUUUUUUUUCUUCAAAUAAUAUUCCAAAACGAAAGUGAGAGAAGCAAAGAUGACUAUUAAGGGCUAUCAUUAUGCACUUGCAUGGACCCAUAAUCUAAUAACAAUGUUUUUUGUAAUGACAUGAUAUAGAUUUGGCUAGAACUAUGUACACACAACUUACAGGAAAAAAUUUUUUUUAUUGCUCUUUGCUCCUCUUCAUCUAAAUUAGCAUUUAAAAAAAAAAAGAAUUCCUCUUUCUGAUCUACGUUUCACAAACCAGAAAUUGUAUAACUUAUACAAGCAUAAUUUUGGUUUUCCUUAAAAUUUAACUUUAAUCUGAAUAAACUUAAAAGUAAAGGAAAACUAAAAUAUACAUUUUUAACGUUUCUGAUAUCGUUUUUCUUUUCGUCGAAAACUCAGUUUUCUAAUAUUUUCAAAUAAUUUCCCCCACUGUCAGUCUUCAUACAAAAAGAGCAUUGUCUUUGACUAGUUACCUCUGUAAGGAUGAAGCUCAUGGUAUUUUGAAAAGGAAAAACUGUGAUAUUAUUUCAUGUAAAUGACUAUCCCUUGUACCAAAUGUUUUGGAAAUUAAAUAUUGAUCUUAAA